AGGGAAGAGAGAGAGAGAGCAGAUAGAAGCAGGGAAGAGAGAGAGCAGAUAGACGCAGGGAAGAGAGUGGAGCAUGAGCUGUGAACAUACUGGAGAACAUCUUAAGUUUUUAGUCGGUAGUUGGAGCAUCAGGACAGGAUGGCUGUCCUGCGUCUGUGCAGUCUGCUGCUGCUGCUGCUCAUGGCUCCUGUUCAUGGCCAAUGGUGGAGUGUGCUCUGGGGGAAGGCACAGGAGAUGAUCACACAGCCCCCCACCACCGAGGUCCUCACCACCACCAAGGUAUUUUGGACAAUGGAAGGGACAGAGGUGGGCCAGGUGGGAACCCAGACAGAGGUGUACACUACUGCACCUGUUCAGAGUACACCUCUACAGAGCACACAGGAGCCUGCAGGUGCUGGAACAACAGAGAUCAAGCCCAAGGCUAAGAAAAGACCUCUGAAAAUGUGGAAAAGUGGUGAGCUUGGCUCUACAGGCCACCUAGACCUGACUGAGUUGAUCGGAGUGCCGCUCCCUCCCUCUAUCUCCUAUAUCACCGGCUAUGAGGGCUUCCGGCCGGCCUACAACUUCGGUCCCGGCGCCAACAUCGGACGCCUCACCAAGACCUUCAUGCCCGACCCUUUCUUCAGGGACUUUGCCAUCAUCGUCACCAUCAGGCCCAGCAGCAACCAGGGAGGAGUGCUGUUCGCCAUCACUGAUGCCCAGCAGAGGGUGGUGCAGCUGGGGCUGGCACUGACAGCCGUGGAGGAUCAGACUCAGAGGAUUCAGCUGUACUACACCGAGGGGGGCCAGGGGUCCUCACACAGCCAGCAGGUGGUGUCUUUCAAGGUGCCUGAUAUGACCAAAAGGUGGACGAUAUUCACUCUGUCGGUGCAGGACCAGGAAGUGUGCCUCUAUAUGGACUGUGAUGACUUCCAAGCAGAGACCUUCCACAGGAGCAGCCGCCAGCUCAGCUUUGAGCCCAGCUCAGGCAUCUUUGUGGGCAACGCUGGAGGGACCGGCCUGGAGAAGUUUGUGGGCUCUAUCCAGCAGCUGGUGAUCAAAUCAGACCCCAGGGCAGCAGAGGAGCAGUGUGAGGAAGAUGAUCCCUAUGCUUCUGGGGAUGGGAGUGGGGCCGAAACGAUGGACGACCGUGAAACAGAGAGUGAGCUGAUGAACAUGAAACGAAGAAAGGAAACAGCAAGGCCAGAGGASAUGCUGAGCGGGCCUGUGCGAGCCCCGCCCACAGAGUCUCCGGAGGUGGAGCUAGAUGAGUACUCAGGACACCUGACCCCCACAGAGGAGGCCCAUCAGGACAUGCAGCUCAGAGGACCCCACCAGACAGAGGAGCCAGAGAUGUCAGGGGAUGGUGGGCCUCUUAGCCACAGACUGAAAGGAGAGCGAGGAGAGACUGGGCCUAUAGGUCCUGCUGGUCCCCGUGGCCCCCCUGGCCCCCCCACUCUCUCUGAGGGUAGAAGGUCUGGGCACCGCCAGCCAGGACCCAGGGGCCCUCGGGGGCCAACAGGGGCCCCUGGGGUGCCAGGGAAGGACGGACAGCAGGGAAGCAAGGGUGAAGAUGGAGAUCCAGGACAGAGAGGACCUCAAGGUUUCCCAGGUUUGGCAGGGGAGGUUGGAGUCAAAGGAGACAAGGGGGACCCAGGAGCAGGACUACCAGGGCCUCCAGGCCCCCCUGGACCUCCCGGACCCCUCAGAUCACACAGUGUGCCAUAUGGAGAGGAUGCACUCGGCUCUGGUUUUGGAGACCUUGACAAUACAGAAUUGAUCAGAGGUCCUCCUGGCCCUCCAGGUCAACCUGGCCCCCCAGGACCCRCCAGCCCCUUCAAUGCCUCGGAAGGCCUGUUCACUGGACAACCAGGUCCUCCUGGCAGAUAUGGCCUUGUUGGGAAACCUGGACCUCCGGUGAAUGAGGAUUGGUUUAGUGGCUCUGGGUUUGGCUCUGAGUUUGGCUCAGGGUUGUUCGGCUCUGGGCUUGGUUCUGGCGAGGGUCAACCUGGUCUGGAUGGGGAUGUUGGGCCGACAGGGCCUAAAGGUCUGAAGGGUGAACAAGGACUAGUUGGACCGAAGGGUGAAUCAGGUGACCAAGGGUUGGCAGGAGCUACAGGGCUGAGGGGACCAGAGGGAAAGAGGGGCGACACUGGCCCUCGGGGGCUGCCUGGCCCCCCCGGACCCCCAGGAGCAGGAUUGUUUGUCGAGGAUAUGGAGGGGUCUGGGAAGAAUGACAUGCUCCUUGACGUAGGACUCAAAGGCCCUCAGGGACCUCCUGGUCUUCCUGGCUCUGCAGGACCAAAGGGUGAAGAUGGGAAGGAUGGGGCUCCUGGGUUGUCAGUGAAGGGUGAGCCUGGUGCUCCUGGCCCUGAUGGACUCCAAGGGCUAGCUGGACUUCCUGGCGCCAGGGGAUUGAAAGGAGACAAAGGCGAUCCAGGACCAAAGGGAGAGUGUGGUCCUGAUGGACACAGUGUACCUGGUUCUCCUGGUCCUCCCGGCUCUCCAGGUCCCAUCAUCAAUCUGCAGGAUCUCCUCCUGAACGACACAGAGGGCAUGUUUAAUCAGAUCCGUGGGCCCCCUGGCCCGAUGGGCCCUGAAGGAGAGCCUGGCAGAGCAGGAUUCCCUGGCCCAAGAGGACCAAAGGGUGACAUUGGGCUUCCUGGUCUUCACGGUCCACCAGGAAUGAAGGGUGCGAAGGGGGAUUCUGGUGUCACGAUCGCUGCCGACGGCACUGUAUUGACAGGUGUCAGGGGCCCUCAGGGACCAAAAGGAAUCAAGGGUGAGCGUGGGUUCCCUGGAGUUGCUGGUAUCAUGGGACCAAUCGGACCAACCGGACAAAAAGGAGAAUACGGGUUCCCUGGUCGACCGGGACGACCUGGAAUGGCAGGGAAGAAGGGAGACAAGGGUGAUGCCAUUGGUCRACCAGGACUUCCUGGUCCUCCUGGCCCCCCCGGUCCCCCAGGACCAGUAAUAGGACUCAAUGGAACAGUUUUUCCGGUCCGUCCCCGUCCGUUCUGCAAAACACCAGUGAAUGGCAGCAGGGGAUCAUCACAAGGUAGUAGGAGAGGAAACAGAGGUGCUAAAGGAGAAAAGGGAGAGGUUGGACUGCCUGGAACACCUGGAGAACCAGAUGAUGUUCUUCCAGAAGGCUUUGUGGGAGAAAAAGGGGACGUGGGCUAUGAAGGAAUGAAAGGAGAGAAGGGUGACGCUGGGUUGCCUGGCCCACCAGGUCUUCCUGGGAGAUCAGGCCUUGUGGGGCCAAAAGGUGAGUCCAUUGUUGGCGCCCCUGGUCAUCCUGGAGCUCCUGGUGAACCAGGGGUUCCUGGCAUUGGACGACCAGGCACUCGGGGGCCCCCUGGCCCUGCUGGACCCCCUGGACCACCCCCGGUCUACGCCUCAGCUGUGAGUAUUCCUGGCCCACCUGGGCCUCCUGGUCCUCCUGGGAUUACUGGCUAUGAAAAUCUGGUGACCACAUACAGGAACACCAUCACUCUGAUGAGGGAGAGCCACCAUGCUGCAGAGGGAUCCAUGGCAUACGCCUCAGACAAGGGAGAACUCUACGUUAGAGCCAGAGAUGGCUGGCGCAAGGUUCAGCUUGGUGAGCUGAUCCCUGUCCCAGCAGGGACCCCAUCCUCCGCAUUGUCCCAGGCCCUGAGCAGACCAGAUCGCAGCAGACCACACAGGCAGGAACUAGUUGGAACUAGCUACAUGCCCAACUAUAAUGUCCUACCUCAUAUAGUACACUCGGUACCGGGGCUGCACCUGGUGGCCCUAAACGCUCCGUUCUCUGGGGACAUGCGUGGCAUCCGGGGGGCAGAUUUCCAGUGCUACCAGCAGGCCCGCGCCAUUGGCCUCACCGCUACCUACAGAGCCUUCAUGUCCUCACACCUCCAGGACCUGGCAACCAUCGUCAAGAAGGGAGAUCGCUACAGCAUGCCCGUCAUCAACCUCAAGGGAGAGGUGCUCUAUGGCAGCUGGAUGAACAUCUUCUCUGGGAAUGGAGGUGUGUUGGACCCAUCAAUCCCCAUCUACUCCUUUGACGGACGGAACGUCAUGACGGACCCCGCUUGGCCUCAGAAGCUGGUGUGGCAUGGCUCCAGCACGGUGGGCAUCCGUAUGACCACUAACUACUGCGAGGCGUGGCGCGCGGGUGACAUGGCAGUGACGGGCCAGGCCUCUCUCCUCCAAACGGGCAGACUGCUGGGCCAACACACCCGCAGCUGCUCUAACCGCUUCGUAGUGCUGUGUAUCGAGAACAGCUACAUUGACCACAGAAGGUCUAAUUAACCUCAACACACACAUCUAGUAUACACACUCUCUCAUACACACACACAAAACUAGAUCUCAUUCAUGUUUUCAUGAAGAGCAUGUAAAACUAAGCUAUUGCCGCAUGUUCAAGCAAAUCUAGUACACACAAGCAAACACACACACACAUCUCUCAUUGACAGCAAAGUGGACCACACAAUAAACUAACUAACUCCCCACACACAUACACACACACACACACACGUCUCCUAUUAACAAAGAGCAGCUAUGUGCUGGACCACAAGAGGCACUUUUACACUAUUUCAUACUGACCACAGAUGAAACUCCCCCCACUUCAUUCACCUCUCAUUAUUAACCUCCCAUCAACACAGCAUCACCGCUUUGCACCCUAAUGUACGUUUUCCUGUCCCUUUAAGAAAAGUGUAAAUAUAUUGUAAAUUGCUUCCUGUCAAAAGUACUGCAUAACUCCAAUUCACUCUGUGUUUAAAUUGACUGAAGAAGGAAUGCCAAAGAACUGGUAAUCAGCAAGCAACCGACUAACACACGGUUUCUGCUGAAGUAGUCAUUAACACAUUUUUUUGUUGUUGGUUUACUCAAUUUAGUCUUAUUCUUAAGUGCCCAGUAGAGUAGUUUGCAUAGAGACAACAACAGUUCUAACCUUUUGUGGAUUACUGUAUCAGUCCCCAAAACAAUAUGAUAUGAUGAAAUUAGGACGACUGGUCUUUUCUGUUUUUCUGUGAUAUCCAAGUAUUUUAUUAUACAUUUUUGUUUUCAGACAAGGGAACCUUUUUUUCCUCUUUAGGCCUUGAAGUCAUUUCGAUGCACUGUGAGUUGAUUUGAAUAGUUUGGGAUGUUUCCAUAGCCAUGAAGGCUUUUUGUCUGUGAAAAAUGUUAAGGGUUUUUCUGUUGYGAGUGAUAACUUUUUCUUAAUAUUUAAGUUUAAUUCUAUUUUAUUUAUACUGUAACAGCACAUCAUCUUAAAUCUAGCAAAACAUAGGUUCACUUUCAAAUGAAAUGAAAUUGAAACACUGCACGUGCUAUCUAACCUGAAAGUUAUUUUUGUACGGUAUUCUACUAWUUGACUAACUGUAGAUGUACUUUCAACAAAUAUAUAAUCAAGAGCUAGAUAUUUUAAUGGCUGGGGAAAUGAUAGGAACGGUAACAACUCUUGUAGCUCAAAGUAUUUUUAUAUGUUGAUUAAUUUCACAGAUGYGAUAGGUUAUUUUUUUAGUCAGGAAGAUUGUCUUUUUUAAAUUGGAAAGAAAAAGUUUGACUGUCAUUCAGAGAUGUUUGUACUCAUUGACUGGUGCUCAGUGAAUAUUUUAUUUUUAUUUUUUUAAGACUGUUAUUACUGUUAUGUGUAGUUCUGCAACACAAAAUCAAUUACAUUUUAUCUUGUAGGUAAAUAAACGCAGUUAAACCAAAUGGGCACUAGGUGGUAGCAAACCAUGUCACUACCGAUUGUUCUGUUGAAAGUGGGCCUAGGACGUGAACAUCAUUAAGAAUAAAAAACCUCAGCAUAAUUUGA